AUGCCAGAAUCUAUAACUAAUUGUCGUUAUUUAAUUCGAGAAAAAUUUUUUACAUUAAGUAAUAGUUAUAAAAUCAAAGAUGAACUUGGACAUGAUAAAUAUAUUAUUCGAUCAAAACCCUGGACACUAGAUAGAAAACUUAUACUUGAAGAUAUGAAUGGCAGUGCUCUUUUGAAAAUUUGCCAAAAAGGAUUUUAUUUACUUGAUCAAUUUAGUAUUUUAUCAGCUUGUGAUAGUAACUUAAAUCAACAGAUUGCAUCUAUAAGACAAAAAUUUACUUUUUUUAAACAUAGUUAUAAAAUUUAUUCAAUAUAUGGUGAGUAUAAGUUGAAAGGACUUAAUAUAUUUGAUCAUGCAUUUGUACUCAAGAACAAAGAUGAUAAAACAAUUGCUAUUGUAAAUAAAAAAUUUUUUGCAAUUGCUGAUACAUAUGAAGUUGAAGUAAUUAAUUCAAAUAAUGGUAGAAAACAAGAAGAUCAUGCUUUUAUUUUAGCAUUAAUUAUUGUUUUACAUUGUUCACUUUAUUGUUCAUAA